UCGCUAUGGCCCACAACCGCACGCUGGAGCAGCAGACGAAGGGAGUGCAGGGGGAGGGGGGGAAGGAGGGGAAGGAGGGGGAGGAGGGGGAGGAGGGGGAGGAGGGGGAGGAGGGGGAGGAGGGGGAGGAGGGGGAGGAGGGGGAGGAGGGGGAGGAGGGGGAGGAGGGGGAGGAGGGGGAGGGAAAGGAGGGGCAGAAGGAGAAGGCGAAUCAGGAGAGGGGAAAGCAGACAGGGGGAAUGCAGGAGAGGGGAGGGAAUGGGCGGGGGCGCUGAGGGUGCCGGACAUCCACAACGUGUG